UUGCUAUUUCCCAGCUGAAACUAUGUUUUCCUUUCAAUGUGCAUUGACUUAGACAUCAUAAUUGGAUGAAGGCUAAUUUCUGACAUUACUUAAGUACUUAUCAUUAGCAUAGGUUAAUUAAUUGUUCUUGGGCGCCCUCCCCACCCCAUUUUUGGGAGGAGGUAAUUAGCUUAUUUAAUGGAGGUGCUGGGGAUUGAACCCAGGACCUCGUGCAUGCUGGGCUAGAGCUCUGCCUCUAAGAUCUACCUCAACCCCCCUUAAUUCAUUGUUCUAAGCCUCAGUUCCUUCAUCUGUAAAACACAGUCAUACCCACCAAGGUACCAGAGUGAAAUCAGACAUUGCGUUUUACCAUACACUGUCAAUACGUGUUUAUUCCUCUCCCUUUGAUGAUCACACUAUUGAGAAAGACAAUACAUGGAACAGGUGUCCACUGUCGGCUGUUUACACAUCAGUGAGGCCUGAGAAGUACCGCAAAUAAAUUGUUUAGAAUUUUCCCUCCCUCCAAGAAUUUGGGAGCACCAAUCUCACAGGAACAAAACUAAUCAUAGCAGCAUUUCUUUCCUUUACAAAGUGAGCAAAUUAUCUGACUAAUGGUAGAAGUGGGGAUACGAAUGCUUCCUGAAGUUGGUGCUCUUGUUGCUUCAUGUAAAGGACCAAGGAUUUCUUGAUACAUUGAGAAAGAACAACAUGGGCAACCCAAUGCUGAAUGCCGUUUAAAAAGUUGGUGAAGAUAUUCAACGACCUUUUCACGCAAUCAUGGAUUCAGCAAAUUUGAACAGGCUAGAUUUUCAAACAUGUUAGUUCUAUUUGUAUUUUUUUUUCCCUACACUGGGAACUUUGACAUUAUAGACAAGGAAUAAGAUAAGCAUAACUUCUAGUGCUUUCACUGGAGAAAUAACUAAUAAAGUGUUUUGCACAUUUCUGUGUAAUCACACCCCUGGAAUCUCAAUUCAAAGUGUGUGUAAAUAAAAGGACAAACAGCUCUUUCCAUAGAGAAGAGAAAACUGAGAGAUGGUUCACACUGAAAAGAAAUGUUGCCCCACGACUGAGAUGAAUGAUCAAUGCGGUAUCAUCAUGAACUGUGAAGAGACCUGGUUUUUUCCCAUAUUUUCUUUCCGAUGGGCUUAGGAGCACCAGAAAUGGGGGGACAGAGGUGGUGUGUCCCUAGCCUCUGUAGGUGUACUUCAAGGGCAACAGGCACGUUCUUCAGUUUAUUUUUUAUUGUCCCUAUCAGAAACAAGGCUGGUUCCAGGAUGAUUCUACUGGCACGACUGGACAGUCUUCUCUUGUUACAUUAACCAAAAUCCUAACAUUGGUUUUCUUUCCUUCUUAGAGGUCCAGGUACCACAUCUCCCAGUGCGGAUCUUUGUUCCUUUUUCCUUAACUUCCUAGCGAUGGCUCUACUCCCACUGGUGCUGUUUCUGGCUGCAGUCCUGCUGCCAUCUUUCCCCACCGAAGGAAAGGAUCCAUCCUUUACUGCUUUGUUAACCACUCAAACGGAAGUCCAAAGAGAGAUUGUAAAUAAACACAAUGAACUAAGGAAGUCUGUGUCUCCACCUGCCAGGAACAUGCUAAAGAUGGAAUGGAGCAGAGACGCCACAGCAAAUGCCCAGAAGUGGGCAAACAAGUGCACUUUAGAACACAGCAAUCCAGACGACCGAAAGACCAGUACAAAAUGUGGCGAGAAUCUCUACAUGUCAAGUGACCCUGUUGCCUGGUCAGAUGCAAUCCAAAGCUGGUAUGAAGAGCGCCACAAUUUUGUCUACGGCGUAGGACAGAAGAGUCCCAGUGCGGUCAUUGGCCAUUAUACCCAGCUUGUCUGGUACUCAUCUUACCUCGUUGGAUGUGGAAUUGCUUAUUGCCCCAAUCAAGAGAGUCUUAAAUACUACUAUGUUUGCCAAUAUUGUCCCGCUGGCAAUAAUGUGAAUAAAAAGAACCCUUACCAACAAGGAACGCCUUGUGCCAGCUGCCCUGGUAACUGCGACAAUGGACUAUGCACCAAUACCUGCGAGUAUGAAGAUCUCCUUAGUAACUGUGAUUCCUUGAAGAAAACAGCUGGCUGUGAGCAUGAACUGCUCAAAGAGAAAUGCAAGGCGACCUGCCGGUGUGAAGGCAAAAUCUACUGAAAUGUCCAAGUUGCACUGUGCAGGACCAAAUGGGAAAAGCUGCAGCGUUUAGUGGACACACCAGGAGCGGGACCGUAGGCACAUUAGUCACUAGCUUGAUCUCCAACAGGAACGCAUCUUUUCCUCCUGGAUCUUUACGGAGAUCUUUUUCACACAACAAUGGGCAAAAGCAGCCUACACUAUGAUGACAGCUCUGGGCUGAUACAAACUCGCUACCUUAGAUUUAAUGAGGUGAGUCAAGCUGAGGAUUUUGAAAGUUGCAUAACCAUAGCACUGAGUCACUAGAACUUUGGAUUAAAGUAAUUACAUGUUUCCUGAAACAACAUGCCAAAAAAAAGAC